UUCCUCCUUGCCUUCCUCUGCUGCAAGCCUGCAACCUCGCAUAGUCCCAAGAAAUGGCAGCCUUGUGAUUUGUAGUGGUUUUGCUAGCUCCGAAAGCGGCCACUGCCGUCGCAAUGGCGGUUCCACGGUUGGUGGCGGUGGUGCUGGUUUUGGCGGCCAUGGCCGUGGCGGCGGCGGCGCUGAACACGGACGGCCUGGCGCUGCUCGCGCUCAAGUUCGGGGUGUCCGAUGACCCCGGCGGCGCGCUUGCGUCGUGGAGGGACGCCGACGCCGACCCCUGCGGCUGGUCGGGUGUCUCCUGCGCCGACGGCGGCGGGGGCCGCGUCGCGGCCGUGGAGCUCGCGAACGCCUCGCUCGCGGGGUACCUCCCCUCCGAGCUCUCCCUGCUCUCCGAGCUCCAGACGCUCUCGCUGCCCUACAACCGCCUCUCCGGCCAGAUCCCGGUCGCCAUCGCUGCGCUGCAGAAGCUCACCACCCUCGACCUCGCGCACAACCUGCUGUCCGGCCAGAUUCCGGCAGGGAUUGGGAGGCUCGUGUCGCUUGCCCGGCUCGACCUGUCUUCCAACCAACUGAACGGCUCGCUCCCCCCGUCGAUCGCCGGGCUGCCGCUGCUGUCCGGCGUGCUGAACUUGAGCUACAACCAUUUCACUGGCGGGAUCCCGCCGGAGUUUGGCGGCAUUCCGGUGGCGGUGAACCUGGACCUCCGGGGAAACGACCUCGCCGGCGAGAUCCCGCAGGUCGGCUCACUCGUCAACCAGGGCCCCACCGCCUUCGACGGCAACCCCAUGUUGUGCGGCUUCCCGCUCAAGGUCGAGUGCGCCGGAGAGACGCAAGAGCCAAGGAUCCCGGAGGCGAAUACUGGUAUCAACAACCCCGGUGCGGCGGCGGAGGUGAGGAGGCCACCGGAGCGGCGUGCGUCGCCGACGGUACCGAUCCUCGCUGUCAUCGUUGUGGUGGCCAUCGUGGCCGGCAUAGUGCUGCAGUGGCAGUGCCGGAGGCGUUGCGCUGCGACGACCAGGGACGAGGAGAAGGAAUCGACAAAGGAGAAGAGCGGGGCGGUGACGCUCGCCGGCAGCGAGGAGCGGCGCAGCGGCGGGGAGGAGGGGGAGGUGUUCGUGGCUGUGGACGACGGGUUCGGGAUGGAGCUGGAGGAGCUGCUUCGCGCAUCCGCCUACGUCAUCGGGAAGAGCCGCGGCGGCAUCGUGUACAGGGUUGUCCCCGGCCGCGGCCCCGCUGUCGCCGUCCGCCGCCUCAGCGAGCCCGACGACGGCGACGGUGCGGACUCCGGGUGGCGCCGGCGCCGCGCGUUCGAGGCCGAGGCUGCCGCCAUCGGCCGCGCGCGCCACCCCAACGUCGCCCGCCUCCGCGCCUACUACUACGCCCCCGACGAGAAGCUGCUCAUCUACGACUACCUCCCCAAUGGCGCUCUCCACUCCGCUCUCCACGGUGGCCCGACGGCGUCUCCGACACCAUUGCCGUGGUCGCUGAGGCUGUCCAUCGUGCAGGGCGCGGCGAGGGGCCUGGCGUACCUGCACGAGUGCAGCCCGCGCCGGUACGUCCACGGCUGCAUCAAGUCAUCCAAGAUCCUGCUCGACGACGAGCUCCGGGCGCACGUGUCCGGGUUCGGGCUCGCCCGUCUGGUUGCCGGUGGGCACAAGACGGCGGGGCCCUCGAAGAAGCUCGGCAGCGCGGCGUGCGCGCUCCGCGGCGGGGCGGUGUCGUACGUGGCCCCGGAGCUGCGCGCGCCCGGGGGCGCGGCCGCGGCCGCGACGCAGAAGGGGGACGUGUUCGCGUUCGGCGUCGUUCUGCUGGAGGUCGUGACCGGGCGCGAGCCGGCGGAGGGGGAGGGUGGGCUGGACCUGGAGACGUGGGUGCGGCGCGCGUUCAAGGAGGAGCGGCCGCUUUCGGAGGUGGUCGACCCGACGCUGCUCGGCGAGGUGCACGCCAAGAAGCAGGUCCUCGCCGUGUUCCAUGUCGCGCUCGGGUGCACGGAGGCCGACCCCGAGAUGCGCCCGCGCAUGCGUGCCGUCGUCGAGAGCCUCGACCGGAUCGGCUGAUCCAGCGACGGCCUACCGCAGCCGCAGGUGCCACUGAUCAACUAGGUCCAAUGCUUGAAAAAACUUGGGUUAAUUCUGUAGAAUAGCAGUAAGCAAGAAUGAUCUGCUGCAGUAGAAAUUAGUAACAAGCAUGUUUGUUACCGCUCAUCGCCUGCACAAUUGCAGUGCAAGGUAGAGCCAAUUGCAGUGCAAGGUAGAGCGGGAGAUGAACAAUUGAGCACUCAACGUAGCAGCAGCUGCUGCCUUUGCAGCCGUGUUUAACUCUUGCGACAUCUUGAUCGGUUCAAACGGUUCAGUUUGCAUUUCUCUUUCGUUUUGGUAUCGCCUUGUAGCACUUCGGUAGUAAAAAUCUUGAGCUUUCUUGGGGUCAGGAACUUGGAGAGCACAGAGGUUGCUCUGCUGUUUACCUUUGGCUGAAUUGACUCUGAAAAGAUGCGACAAUGACACAAUGAGUGCCGCAUGCCUGCAUCCAACUGGUCAUCUGAUCAGUGCACUGUCCUUUUGCCUGUGCUGCUGCAUGCAUAACAGCAAACUGAACGCGUGGGUCUGGGGACGAGAGGUUGACGGAGAAGAUUGGGAUGGGUUCA